GGUGCUUUGGCUUGCAUGUCAUCGCCGUCACAGCUUGAACUCACCUUCGGAAGCACGCUCAUUGGACUCUUGGUUAGCGGGGCACUGUAUGGUAUUACAUUGGGCCAGACUGUGACGUACUACCGUCGCUUCCGCAAAAAAGACAGGCCCUUUAUCCGGUGGCUCGUAUUUGUUCUAUGGGUUGCAGACACGUUACAUCUUGCUCUCUGUACCCAUACGAUUUACUGGUACCUGGUUUCCAACUAUCUCCGGCCCUCGGCGCUGUUAGAGACAGAGUGGAGUAUAAAUCUACAGACGGACUGUAACGGGUUCAUUGGCUUUCUGGUUGAAUGCUUCUUCGCAUGGAGGACUUGGCGCCUGAGCAAGAACUACUUCGUUACAGGGUGCAUAGUCAUACUUGCAUCGAUUCAUUUCGGACUUGGAGUUGUGUUCACCGUCAAAGCCUUCGAGAUUAAGGAGUUCUCGCGCUAUGAUACCCUUCUGUGGAUCGCCUGCACGGGGCUUGGAUCUGCAGCGGUCGCAGACAUGUUAAUCGCCGUUACAAUGUGCUGGUACCUUUACCAAAGCCGCACCGGGUUCCCGUCGACCGACUCCAUGAUCAAGACUUUGAUGUUAUACUCCCUCAACACUGGCUUGUUGACGAGUUUAAUCGCUUUGUCUUGUGUGAUCACGUAUGCAGUGAUGCCACUCACCUUCGUUUGGAUGGGUCUCUUUUGGGUGCUCGGGAAGUGUUACGUUAACUCGUUCCUAGCCACGUUAAACAGCAGAGAAUACAUUCGUCAAAAGGUGAACGACGGCGGGCCCUCCUUCAUCGACAUGUGUGACAUGCAGAGCAAGAGUCGUCGGCCCCAGAACGAGUCCCAAAUUCUCCCUGUUCAGAACUCGCUACCAAACAAACAUAGCAGCAGUGUCCAUCAUGGCUUGGAAUCAUCCUCGCCUAUAGCUGUCGUGGUGCAGACGGUGACGGAAUAUAGGACGGACUUCCAGACUCGGGAGAUGGACUCACCAACGGACCAUGGCAAGAGGACAACAUCUUUCGAGGAAUGCACACCGAUUUCCGCAUGGCCAUUGAACCGACAUGAUAAAAUAGCGGAUUCCAGUCAGUAGCUAGUACUAACUUGGCCCGUGGAGGUGGUAGAAAAUAGUUUGGUAGUCAGUGUCACACUAGAUCCUUCAGUUACUGUACGCUUGUACAAGCGGGAAUCAAGUGCGUUGUGAGGUUUGAGUCCCC